AUGGCAAACCAGAAUCAACCUAGCCAUCCAACAAGAACCGAUGAUGUGGAGGGAUACACUCGCAUCAAAAACAUCUACAUCAGACUUCGAGAUGGUGUCGAGCUAUGUGCCGACGUUUUUUUGCCAUUCUCUGCGUCUAAGCAAGGCGCCAAAGUCCCCGCGAUCCUCAGUCUUGGUCCGUAUGGCAAGGACAUACACGUCCUCGACUUCGGCCUUCCCAAAACGACUAUGUAUAUCGAUAUGUACAAGCAGAUCGAGCCUGUGGGGCCUGAUGGUUGCUUCGAGUUGGUAGAUCCUAUUCUUUGGACAAAAGAAUAUGGUUACGCGCUCGUGAGGGUGGACGCUCGCGGCAUUGGCGGCAGUCAGGGACGUCUCGAUCCCUUUGGCAUGGAACGAUCCUUGUUAAUACAGGCUGAUGCAGAAGGUCAAGAUCUGUACGAUGUCAUUGAAUGGGCCGGCACACGGUCAUGGUCCUCUGGCAAAGUUGCACUAAGCGGUAUCAGUUAUUACGGUAUGAGUGGAUAUUGGGCCGCCAUGCAGAGACCUCCCCAUCUAUCUGCGGUGAUCAGCUACGAGGCAUCCGUCGAUCUCUAUCAGGCAGCUCGGAAAGGAGGAAUUCUAGGCGCCAAUUUUCAGAUCCACUGGUACAAUAACAUUGUGUUGCCGUACCAAUGUGGAAGUAAGACGCUUUCGGCCACAGAACUUGCCGCGAAUCGCGUUGACUACCCGGCUCUUGUCGCCCAGGACGAAUACCCCGAUGGAGAGUCAUGGCGACUGCUCAAACAACUUCGCAAGCUCUCAGAUAUAGAAGUACCCCUCUAUAUCUCGGGAAAUUGGACUGAUAGCGAGGUUCACCUGCCGGGAAACAUUCUCGCUUACAGGGACAUCUCUUCCGAGCAGAAAUGGCUGGAAAUGCAUACGGGUAACCACCUCGCUUGCUACUACAAAUCAGAGCAUGUGGCGCUACAAAAGAGCUUUCUCGACUACUUCUUGAAGGGGGACGAAGAAUCUGGUAUCCUCUCUAUACCCCGAGUUCGACUUAUAACCCACCGCGGAAAUCAGACCCUGUACCGCGAGAACGAGAUCACAUUUCCACCCCUCGACGCCCAGAACGUCAUCUUGCAUCUAACACCAUCCCAAGAGUUGAGCUUUGCGGAGCCACCAGGUAACAAUAAGAAGAAGUUUGAGUACGCUGGGCUCACGGGCACACUGACAUUUGAGCUUGAAACGCUCCUCACCGAGCCGUUCGAGAUCCUCGGCACGCCGUACGUGGAACUCGAAGUUGCCACGGAGGCCGAGGAUCAAGAUAUCUUCUUGACCUUGCGUGCCUUCGAUAGCGACGGCAAGGUCUUCAUCUUGGAGGGUAACCACAGUGAGCCAAAUGAGCAUUUCGCUAAGGGGUACUGGCGGCUCAGUCAUAGGGACGAAGUCGCUGCCGGGUUUGGACAGGAGAAUGGGGGCAUUCCUUCACAGCCCGUCGUGUCAAAAGCGCCGGUUGAGAAGGGCAGGGUAUACAAUGUGAAGAUUCCAUUCUUGCCGACAGCAUUCGUGCUUGAUCAAGGCCAGAAGCUGUCGCUGGAGAUUGGCGCACAGGACACGCUCAGCACGAUUCCACCCAUGCGGCAUGAUGGCGGAGAUAGAGAGCAACGGCGGUUUGGCGGAAAGAACAUUAUUUAUUCCCACGGGAAGCUCGUAUUGCCAAGGGUUCAGAGACCUCUUCCUUAA